GUCGUAGGUUCGAAUCCCACCGUGGCCGGGCAUAUUUUUCAAGCUCGCCCGGUGUGGAUAUGCACUCAGAGUAACAUCGCAGGUCUGAUAAUGUUCACUUAUAUCUGAUCUUUUGCUAAAUAAUGGUAAAUUGUAUGAAAAUUUCUUCAAAUGUUUGUCUAAUAAUUGAUGAUUCUGUAAAUUAAUAUUUGAUUAAAUGAAUGUGAAUAUAUAUUUAGCUCCAAGCCUCUAUUUAGCCCCAUUCUACUGGGAAAAAUAUAAUCCCCCAAAGGGGCUAAAACUAAUGAAAAUUACAUUUAUGAUUUUCAUGAUCAAACAGAUUAACUUUUAAGAUUAAAGGGGCUAGGGCCAGUAGAACGCUCUUUACAAGGUAAAGGGUGUUGUCCACUGAAAACUUAUAGAAUUCCUGCAGGAACUUUGAAAAUGAUUAUCAAAUUUGGGAAUAUACCGGUAUUCCAGAGUGAAAUUACAUAUCACAAAUUAAAAUGAAAUCCACAACAUUUUGUUGAAAAAUAUAGUUAUUUUAGAACUCAGAUCGUUCACACAAAAACCUUUGUGCAAUAAUUUUAUAUUGGCCAUUGCUGUCAGCCCUAAUGACCAAGGGCAUGUGAUUUUAAGAUGAUCUGCGAUAUUCUAUGCGUAUACAAUAACCUUUACAAUUAGUGAAUAGUAACAAGAAUCAUGAAAAUGUAGCAAAUUACCAACAUCGAAAAACAUUCGUAGUUUCUUGACUUCUUUGCGUUUUGUAAUUUUAACAACUAAACAAUCAAAUUUGACAAUCACUUUGUCUUAACGUGCCGUUGGGCAUAAAUAAUAACCCACCCGAAAGCUGCCAUUUAAAUAACGUAUGUAUUGUUCUGGAUUGAUCUGUCUGUAUUAGAAGUUCAAAAAAUUUUCCCCGUUAGUUGCAAUAAAUUGCAAUUAACAAUGGCGUUAACUGCCAACGGCAACGCCAUCCCAACCGCACAUACAGUAUAAUGACUUGCCUCACAGAUUAGAGCUGCAUGAUUACAAAAUAGCUAUUUGAAACUGUAUAUAGGUAUUAAUCUGUGCUUGAAAGCAAAUGUGAAUCUUAGCCAAAAUCACUUAUAAUAAAAGACCAAUAUAUGCUUUAACCAGCCAAAGCAAUUUACCCGAAAAUUUCAGUAUUGCUUUAUAUAGAUGAGGUCUGAUAUUUAACAGCAGAGUUACAACAAAACAUACGCAGAUGUUAUAUAAAACACUGCUAUCUUUUAAUAAGCGCAUGUUAAACUUAAAUAUGUUCUAUCUAUAAAAGUAGAAUGUUUGAAAUACCUCUUUCCGAUAAAGACGUUCUUUUGGGAUCAAUCAGUCGAGUAUUAAUCGAGCAACUUCAGCGUAUAACCAGUGCAACACCAAAUUCCAAAGUUGAACAACCAAAUGGCCAAAUGAAUAAAUGAUCACAACUGACGUCUGAUGCGUUUCCUGUUGUUUUAAUAAAUUAUUAUGCAAGCGGGGCGUGUCUUACUCUCUUUGUAUUGCUUCUCGAAAACCGGAAAGGACAAUGGCAUAUUGCAUUUAAUAUCCGUACACCCCCUGUUGAGGACCUUGGAAAUCCAGGGGUUGACCUCCAUUUUUUGUGCUGGAAAUCCAGGGGGUGGGGUCAAAAUUCACUUAUUUUCGCUGGAAAUUCCAGGGGGUGGGGGCCAAAUCUCGUGUUUUUUCACUGGAAAUUCCAGUGGGUGGGGUCAAAACUCUUAUUUUCUCUGGAAAUUCCAGGGGGUGAGAGUCAAAACUUGCUUAUUUUCGCUAGAAAUUCCAGGAGGAGGUGUUCAAAAGUCACUUAUUUACGCUGGAAAUUCCAGGGGGGGAUGAAAAAAUGGCACAUUUCCAAGGGUAAUUGAUUUAAAAUGCUUGGAAUUCCAGGGGGUAAGACAAAACAUAGCAAGGAAAUCCAGGGGAAUGUAAAACAUAGCAGAUUUCCAAGGGUAAUUUAUUAAAAACUUGUGGAAUUCCAGGGCCUAAGAGAAGAAAUGACAUGGAAUUCCAGGGGGGCAGAUAUUUGAACAGUGUGUCCUCAACAGGGGGUGUACGGAUUUUAAGUGCAAUAUGCCAAUGGCGUUGUUGAUCAUAGUGGAAUUAAAGUUUGGGCAGAUUUUUUUAUUAAUUUCGUGUGUUUUGGAUCUCUCAAAACUCAAUGCAUUAUUCACCAUGGCAUACAUUGCGGUGCGAAGACAAAAUCUAAGAAGCGAACGAUCUCGUUGACAGUACGUGGGCGGAACACUCAACUUUCAAGUAAAAAGAACUUUCUAUAAAACAACAUUCGCGAGCUGAAUGUUUUGAUAGAGUUUGGCAUGCCGGGUUACUUACGAAACUGGUAGCACUGCUGCACUGGGCCUACGCAAUUCUCUCUUACAGUGGUUUGAAAGUUAUCUAGAAAGCAGAUUGCAACGUGUAGUUAUCAGAUGAAGGGCAAACAUCCAAUUAGGAAAGGGUCAGUUCCGGGGUCCCACAGGAAAUCAUCACUCGCACUCAUCUUUCCAAACCUUGGAAAAGUAAAAAAUGUUCAGUCUAAUGUCUCAAUCAAUUCCAUGGGUGCCCAACACCCCCCGGGCGUUUGUCGGGCAUUCUCAACUGUACUUGUUCCCAGGGUCGGGCAUUUGCUUUCUGCAUGUUAGCCCCGGGGUGGGGAAUUUGCUCGAGGCUAAAAAGUCGAAUAUUUAUCGCUUGUUUCGCCAUUUAGCCGUACUUUAGUACGCAUGUUUACACCAGCGUGCGUAUCGCAAAUUAAUCAUGGCGGAAUAACACAAGAGUUUUUUCUUGUCCAUCCUGUUGAUACAUUGACUUACUUCUGCAGUUUGAUAUUGCUAUAUAAAGUUUUGAGACUUCAAUAUUUUAAUUAAAAACGUUUUAAAACGAAAUGCCUAUAGAAUCGAUUUUAAAUACAGAUAAAUUGAUACGUGAUAGAGCUUGGAUUCGAUUUUUUGGAUCAGAAAUCCUCAGAAAACUUAUAUUUUGUCCCCCAAGGGUGGGGCAUUUGCGUCAAUAUAAGUCCCCAAGGGUGGGGAUUUUGUUGCAUUAUUUGGACCCCAUACUGGGGCAUUUGCAACGUUUUUUCGCCAAAAUGACAAAAGCCCGACAAACGCCGGGGGGGGGGGGUGUUGGGCACCCAUGGAAUUGAUUGAGACAUAAGAAAGACAUGAAAAGGCAUCUAAACGCUUAAACAUGUUAAAAUUGUUAAAGUUUAAAAUUAGUAGAUCAACUCUUGCUUGUUUGUGUAAAGAGUUUGAUAUGGCCAGUUAUGGAGUACACGGAUAUCAUUUGGGAUAAUUGUACCACUGGGUGAAUAUAUAGCGAUUUCCGACUAGAAAGUAUUCAAUAUGAGUCAGCAACAUUAGUUACUGAAUACUGGGGCUAUAGCAGGAACUAGUCCAAAACGUCUUCUCGAUUAACUUGGCUUUGGAGAAGUUGAAUAUCAAAAGAAAAGUUCAUACUAUUAACAUAAUUAAUCAUAAUUGAGUUCAUAAUCAAUCAUAUCAGGGCCGUACGCGUGAUUUUUUCAUCAGGGGCAGUAAGGCCUAUAUGCCGAAAAAAGUCACAAAUAUCCAAAGAAUAAUUAAUAAUGCAUGACAUUCUAAAAAUCGUAAAUAUAGUUUUUUCUGGGGCAGUUGCCCCCCCCGCCGCUGUGUACGGCUGGAUAAGUUUGUAUCGGCCAAAUAAGUUGUAUCGGCCGCCAUCUUAUGAUAAAUGGCUUAAUAAUUUUUCCCUUACGAGGAAGGCUUCAUUUUUGCAUACGCGAUUACGAUUAGGUUUCUGUGCACUAUAAUUAAUUGAUUAUUUGUACAAAAUUAAUUGUUGUAAUUCUCUCUUAUGUAUUUGUGGCCUGGAACGUGAAAUUAUUAAGCAUUAUGUGCUAUUUAAAACACGAGUAGGAGUGUUUUAUCAGAUAAAAAACGCGAUGCGCAGCCGAGCGUUUUAUAUCUGAUAAAACACGACAACGAGUGUUUUGAAUAGCUUAAAAUACGACUACAAAAGAAUACUAAUUAGGACGAACAAUUAUAUAAAGAAUACUAAUGAAGAUGGCUUUUAUCAGAUAUAAAGUCACUCCAUGUGACAUAUUAUGGCUGACAUUAUUUGCCACAAGGUUUAUGUCCCCGUUUUGCUGCCCAACGUAAAACUUUGCCGUCUGCUGCACAAGUAGACACACAAUCAAGAUGGACAACAUGGCGUCCGGUAGCACCCCAUACACACAAUUAAGUUGUGAUGAAAAUUGUUCCCCUGCCGUUUGGUUCUGUCCAACAAUUCAUUCUGAAUAUACUUGUCGGUUUUGCUAGUCCUUGCUUUGUCACUAUUUGUAUAUGCUGUCUUAAGUUGUUUUUUUUUGUUGUUGUCCUUGUUAGUUUUAUGUGUCAUCUUUCCUUUCCUUUUUAAAAAUUAAUGUAUGUUCCGAGUUAGCCAAUGUGAGCCCCCCUGUUAAGCUUAGGCUUUUGGGGCAAACACCUAAAAUAAAGUUUAUAUAAAAAAAUGUUUUCAUGCACGUAAUGCGAAAAUGCAUUGUCAUCAGGUUGUAUGUACAUAUAUAAUAAUUAAUUUCCAGGUGGUAUUUUGCAAAAGACCAGAAACUUUUCCAUACUAUCAUCAGGCGUUUGGAAAACGUUAGAAUUCGAAGAGGAACGAAAGCACUUGCUUGUAGACUCGAUUUUCGAUUAAACUAAUUAAUUUUCAGUUUCUCCCAACUGUCUGUACGAGACUCUGACUACGAGUGCUCUUCAGACUUCCUAUAUAAAACGGUAACUGACAUUCGGUUUCAGCAUAGUUGUCAGGAGUGCCUCGCAAGCUUCGUUUCAGACUUACUGCUAGAAUUACAAAGACAAUUUUUAGCAUUUUCACGGUAGUGUAAUAAUUUUUCAGUUUUAAUAUUUUUAAUAUUUUUUGCAACUACCUAUUUUUGGGCCUCCUAUGAAAAGACGUUUAAUAUUUCGGGCAAAGCUCAGUAGGCCAACAUUUUACAGGAAACAUCAAAGACAUGAAAGUAGAGGGUGUUAUGGGUGUCAUAUGAUUGUUUAAUAUGAAUUCCGUUUCCUCCUAUAGUAUUCGUUUCCUCCUACAAUACCGUGAUUAUUUUCUAUUUGUCAACGAUACGAUAUUAUUUUGUACGAAUUCAUGGAAUACUGAUGCCUUUCAAAAUUCGACCCAUGAAGCAAAGACGACGGUAUAUCCGUCUGAACCAGAUGAACUCAAUUUAAUUUAACUUGAAUCCGGAAGGAUACACAUUUGGCGGUAAAAAAAGUGCAGCGUAGUGGCGGGGCUGCUGUAGGUCAGUUUCCGUCACGUCCCCUUAUUCGUCAUCACCUCUCGUUUUGGACCAUGGAGAUUAUAAAAGAAAAGAGUGGGCAUCGCAGGAAAAGUUCAGGCAAACGAAAAAUUGAAGCUUGCUAAUGGAGGCAAAUUUGACACCCGGAUGUAAAACCAAGAAAACCCAUUUCCUCACCUUUUCGCUACAAUGACCCUCAAAAUAUUUUUUUAGAAAUAGCUACAAUUAAUAAACCAAAUCUGAAUUACGUUAAUGUUAUAUGCACAACAAAGUAUCUCCACGUAUAUGGUAUUGAUAUAUUCUGUUGCCAUAGCUACCGAGAUAAAAGCUGGAAACUCCUGCUGAGCACUUAAACGCCAUCCAUAAUAAAAACUCAGUAUUUAAGAAUAGUAUAUUUUUAGCCUUGGCUUUCAAAAUUUGAGGAAAUAAUCAGUUAUUAUAGGUUUAUGCAAUGAACUAAAUGAUUAAUGGUAAUCAAGUUAUUAAUUAAAUAAAUAGUACGCGUAUGCACUGGCCAGAAUCAGAUCAAAAUGCACUUGUGUCUUUGAUAAUAACACGAACAAUAUUGCACCAAUUCAUAUUUAUAAUUCUAGUUCAUUGCAUAGCUUUACAUGUAUAGACUGCCUCGUCCCCAGGCGCUAAUAAAAAAAAUUUAUGCGAGUCACUAUAUGAAAGUUUACAUGAAGUAGUGCAUCGCGACGAACAAGCGCAAGAAGUUAUGGGCUUGAGGCAUCGAAAACGCUCAUACCCACUCCCCUUUGCGCGCCUAUAAUGUGACGCUCUACUUCAUGUAAACCUUUCAUGUAGUGACUCGCCUGAAUUUUUUUUAUUAGCGCCUGACGGACGAGGCAGAUGUAUAGAAUAAUUCCCGAAAAUGUCAGUAAAAUGUAUAGCCUGCGUGGCAGGCCCUCAAAUUUAUGGGGGGCCUGAUUUGCAGCGGGCAGAAUUUUGGCGGGCUCCGGGGGAGGAUUAAGGGCCUGCAUGAAAGCCCGACUUUCAUGACUACACGCCGUUCAGAUUCUGGACGGUGAAUGCGAUCACCUGAUUGGUCAAUACCAAGCUGGAAAACCGUAGUAUUUGUCGAUUUCAAUAUUGUUGUUACUUGUUAUAUCUAAUCCUCGAUCUAUCUUGAACAUCGAUUGUGGCUAUUUUUUCUUAUUCAGCAGCGAUACAAAAGAUGAUCUCACUGGCCAGUCGUCAGGAAAUAGCACAGGAUAAUUGCAAACAAUUAACGUGCAUGGAUGUAAAAUUGUAAAUACUGAUUCUGAUUUUAGCAAUUUUAAACAAAAAAUAAUAGAACAUUGACUGUCAUCAACGAGACGCGAUUAUAGUAUAGUUUCUAUAGUUUCUAUAUGAACGCUGUUUUUGUGGGCCAUCCAUGUCUUAUAAAACGUCCUCAUAGCCGAUACCAGGUAUGUUAACAGUCUUAGCCGUUUGUAUCACUGACAGUACUUGAAGAAUCAGAUUCAGAAGAGUUAGUUGAAAUUUAAUGCAAUGUAGUGGAUUUUUUUGUGUAAUUUACCGGUAUUAUAGUGUGAUGGGCUUAUAUACGGGUGGGCUUAUGUAGGGGUGGGCUUAUAUUCGGGGGGGGCUUAUAUUCCGGGGGGAUUAUAUACGGAAUGGUGUGAACGUUAGUAAUUUGAUGGGCUUAUAGACGGGGGGGGGCUUAUAUUCGGGGGGAGGCUUAUAUUCGGAAGUUUACGGUAUCUGGUGUAUAUAGUGUUAGUUGAUGUUGUUUAUGUAUAGUGUACUUACACUAAGUAUUGACAUAAGUAGUUUGUUUGUUUCUGAUGCAUGCGGGCACUAUUCGCUGUCUUGAUGCGAUCUCAUUCUGAGUUGUGAAAUACAAACAUUUUUGUUUCACGUUUUAUGAGUCUUUGUUAUUCACUGGCGAUGACCAAAGCUAAGCACGAUAUUUCACAUUAUUCACAUGCACAUGAAUGCACGUGUAAUAACUAAUAAUGCGGGAAGGAUAUGCUUAGCCAUCCCCCCUGGUGUAAAACAUGGCGUAAACAAACUAAAAUAUAUUUAUUUAUAUUUAAUAUAUUAUGCAAUCUUUAAUGACGGAAUAAAUUAACAUAGUAAAUCGAUGUACCCCCUGCGAAGAAAGUUUGACUAUUUUGUGUAUGAAACUUCGACUUAAAUGUGAUCAAUCGUUCUUUGUGAGAUUCGUAUUAAUUGUGUGAGUUUUUAUAUUGUUUACAAGCGUUGUACUUUAUUUUGUGUACAUUGAUAAUUUUGUCCCCUUUGGACGCCCAUAGGAUUGUUUGCCUCUCCGUAUCUUGUGGUCAUUGUUGAGAUUCCUCCUCUGGUCCUUUUCUCCAAAAAAAGGAAACAUAUCUGAAUCCGUAAUAUUUUCUAAAUAGAUGUUCCUAGUCUUCAUAACGCAUCCAAAGAAAGGCCAGGAGACGUAUAAUACCAACAAGGAUCCAACCCAUAAUUACUCAUACACACAACUCUGAAAUUCUCGAAAACAUCGGCCAGAAGAAGAGCGUCAGAUUUCAAAUACAAAUCAUGGUACUGUCUCAUGGUUUUCAUGUCGAAUUUUUUUCAGAGAUUCUGAACGUGUUGGUAGUCUUUGUUGCUGAUCUCGGUGUUGUUGAGUCGUGAGCAGAACUCAUCUUUCGAAGGAAGUUUCUCUUUGUCUAAUUUUUCUAGUGAGUCCACAUAGUCGUAGGGGUAUACGCCUUUUCUUUUCAAUAAUUCGAAUUUGUCUCCCUCGUAGAAUUUCCGUAAAUUCUUACAAUUGUCCUUAUCCACUAAUGUCCCAAGGGCGCAAGCCAUAAACUUAAAACUGUCCAGGAAAUGGAUCUCAUGAUUAAUGCUGAUGUCCUCUCCCUUCUCCUCUCUCUUCUUUGAAAACGUGUGAAGGGCGUUCGUCACUGUGGUCCAGUCACUUUUCGUUUGUAGGGUUUCGAGUCACAAUAUUCCCAUUCGGAUGACCUAAAAGCACUUUUAGUGAUUUAAGCACAGUUAAUUUAAGUGACGAACGCCCACGAACCCCUUCACACGUUUUCAAACCGUCGAUGUUGAGCUUACUUCGGUACAUCGUCGGAAUUAGUAUUUACAUCCACGUUGUCUGCAGUACCUGUGCUAUUUCUUGAUGACUGGCCAGUGAGAUCAUCUUUUGUAUUGCUGCUGAACAAGCAGUGUACUUGUACGCGCAGAUUUCGAUUCAGUUCUAGACAUACUACCCGGAAAACAUCGCGGAGAACAAACGCGAUUUGAUUCAGUUUGGUUGAAUGCAGUGGCGUGCUGGCAGGGGGGGCCGGGGGGCCACGCCCCCCCCAGCUGGCAAUUUUUGGGGGGCGCAAAAAUGAAAAGGGGGCGCCGAUCCCGCGCCGAAUUUUGAAAGUAGGUGGGAAGAAACGCAUUCGAAAAAAUAUAGUUACUAAUUCCGCCAAGGAAAGAUGUGUUUAUAGACUUAUAAACAGACUAAGCGCAUAUGCGACAAAGUGAGUAUAUUAAAUUGCAGACUAUUCAGUGUCUAACCGUAUUUGCUUCCUCGCGACUCACACGAAAUCACUCGUUCAUGUAGAAACAUGAUCAGUUAUCACACGCAAUGUCUCAUUACUGGAAUAUUGACCAGGCUUCGAAGCGAUCACGGGAAUUAUGCCCUUUUUUGCUGGUAUUAUACCCUUAUAUUAUGCCCUUUAUUAUGCUUCACGAAUCGCGUACGAGAGCGGCGCAAAUUAGAUAGUUGAAGUUAUGAUAAUGUAAGUUGUGUACGCAAUUUAGUUGUUUGCGCAAGAAACAUGAGUAAUGUAAGUAAUGAGAUAAUGAUGAAGCACGCCCUUUUGGCAGCCAGGCAAGGAAACCUUAAAAUGCAUAUGCGUGGGGUUCGUGUGUUAUUGUAUAAAAGAGCUGUAAAUUGCCAAUGUAUUCAGAUCAGAGAAUAGAAUUGGGAUUAGAUUAAUUGCUGGAAGUAGUUAGCAUUGCCCAAUUUAAGUGCUACUACUGAAUUCUAACCAAUUUUCAAAUUUCGACACGUUGUAAUGCCGUUUCCUGACCAUCAGAUUUCUGUCAAAUCUUCCCCCAAAGUCCAGGAAAUGCCAUUUCAGAGACUCUAAAUUCAAAAAUUUUCCUGGGGGGCAUGCCCCCGGAGCCCCCUAGACAAACCUCGCACCUGCGGCGCUCGGCUCGUGCCUUCGUUUAUCAAGGGUAAUAUUAUAGGGGCGCAUAUUAGUUGCCAGCCGACUGGCCUCCCCAGAAAAAUAGUACCCAGCACGCCACUGGUUGAAUGGACUAGCGCCACGGUCAGCGUGUCAGGAAUUAACAGUUUACGCUUACCUGAUGUUUCUACAUCUUUGGGCUGGUAAUGGUGUUGAAACUUCUCGUGUAGAACUGUAGUGUAUUAACAAAAGCCAACUUUCUCACAUAUAUUAAAUCUGAGAGCACAAUUCCGAAAGAUUGUUUUCUUUCUGAAGGUUUUUUGUGAUAGAUCAUGAACAAUUUCACUAAAAUUGCCAAAUUGCUGUUUAAUUUAAAACAACAUUUACAAAAUCUGCAAUAUUGUAUUAAAUUGUAUUAUAGUUUUGAGCGGUUUGAGUUUAAUUCGCAAUAUUGUUUGAUUGACAUGUUUACGCACGGGCAAUAGGACAGGUGUAGUGUUGUUAAAUAGAAAGUUAGAAAUGGUAUUAUACUUACUCAUGCAUUAUAAUUAUGUUUAAAAGAUCAGAAUAUUCAUAACUUCUUAAUAUUUUGUUUCAUAAAUAGUUCUUUAAUAUUCGAAACAAAUUCCAUACUGUAUCUGCUUCGUCAAUCUCGUUCCCCGAGCCUGCGAUCCUUGGGAAGGAAACGAAGGCUCUGGGAUAAUCCAUCUCAAAAAUGAAUAUGAUUGGUUGCUGGUAUACAAUGGAAUGUUGCAAUUUUGCAAAAAUUAAUUUUUAACUGUAUAUUUUUAUAUACAACAUGGCGGCCGUUUAGGAGUGUACGAAUAUUGUUUUGGUUUUUCAGAGCUGUGCUAUAUACUAAUACUACAAAGGAAAUGCAAAGAAACGUAUAAUGCGUAUAAUAUCACAACAGUUAAAUGGAGCGUGAAAACUUUACUCAUAUUUGUGUUGUACAGGUUUUCUGUAUUUUUAAUCUAUACAUAGUAUACAGUACUGUCAGUACACUGUACUAUUUGACUAUAAUAUCAAAUAUGUGCUAUAUUUUGCAAAUACUAUUUGUGUCAGAAAUGGUUAAUAACUUUAUUAAUUUGUAUUUGUGUUAUCUAAUUGCGAAGAACUAGCUAAUAACUAGUUUCAAUACAUCCAAUCUUGGGAUUUACUGUUAUAUAUUUUAUUAUUUAAUGUAUAUACUGUACUGUAAACUUUUCAAGUGCAGGAGUAUGUAAUACUCAUUUUAACUUGUAGCAUGUAACCCUUCCCUAUAUGGGUGCAUAUGAAUCUUUUGCUGUUAUAAUUUAUUUAUAGAAGAGUUCAAAAAACCUUUAUUCUCUAAAUAAACCACAAUUUCACAGGCAGGGCCGCCGAGAGGGGGGAAGGGCGCAAAUUGCCCCGGGCCCCGAUGGCAAUAUGGGGUAUAUGUGGGGUAUUUGAUCAUCAAUUGCUCCCCACCCUGGGGAUUUCGAAUAGCAUUUUGGCCCCGAGUUGGGGCAAUUUGAACCAAAUGACUUUUAUUAACAUACUAUUUAUUGCAAUUUAUUGCAAAAUGGUGGGGCAUUUGACUAAUAUCUAUUGCCCGACGGUGGGGCAAAUGCCCCAUCUAUGCCUGACCCCCCUCCUAUGGGGCUUAACAUUGAUAGGUGGAUAAUACAUAUAAUGAAUUAUUGGAUUUCACUAUGACAUUUUGCACGUUCUGUCAUUGGAUCUGACAGGGGGUCAACCUAAAAAAUGUAUUGAUGCUUAUGUUGUACUGGAGUGAGCAAAUGACAUGAAAUUGCAUGUAUUUGCAACGAAACACAAGGCCAACACAUAGAGUGAAAAAUUAAUUCCCUCUGAUGACUGUGUCUCGAUUUAGAGUUGACCACCCAUCAAAUUUAUGAUGUCAUAUGAAACACAAUAAUAUACAGUAUAAUAUUACUGACAGCUAAUUGUAGCAUAAAGUAUUUAAUGAUUUUAAUUUAUUGAGUAGCACAAUAUGCCAAAUUGGCAAUCCCUUUGUUAAUCUUGUCCACACAGUAAUUCAAAGAAGCCCUGCCCUCUGUACGAGGUUGUAUUAAUUGGAUUCUGUCCAAGAAAACGUCAUAAACCUUUUGAUCCAGAUGUUACAAAGUAUGAAUUCCAGAUUGGGAGACCAUAUAAAUAUUUUUAAUAAAUAUUUUUAGUAUUUUUAAUAAUUAAAGGGGCUCUACAGUCAUUUUUUAGUCAAGUAAGUAUUGUUUACAUUUUUUUGUUAUUGUCGCUACUUGACAUAUGCAUCAUGGCAUGCAUGCGUCUUCCGGUGUGCGGAAGUACUCAUACUCGUGGAUACUGCAUGUAAGAUACAGCCAAACGAAUCUCUGUGGAGUCCUCUACUUAAGAUGGCUUUUUGACUAAAAAAUGACUGUAGAGUCCCUUUAAUGGCAGUAAUGAGUAAUCAACAUGAAGUCAAGUACAUUUCCGGCCAUUGAUGAGAAAUAUUGUCCAGAAAUACAGUGUAAUAACAAAAUAGGGUGCACUAAAGAGCAUUGUGGCUUAAUGAUCUAAUGAGAUAAUUAACCAAAGAUAGGUAGACAUGCAGAUGGAUAGCCUGCACGCAGACUAUAUAAUGACAUAAUGUCAUUAUAUAGUCUGUGCACAGGCUAGCAGAUGGCAUGACAGUUUAUGUAAAUUAGCAUUUAGUAUGAUAUAAAAGACUUGUUGUUGACAAGACUGUAGGAUAUAUAUAUACGGAUAUUAAACGUAUUUUACAUGGUGUCAGGUGUGGGAUACUAUGGAUAGCUUUCACAAGCCGAGUGCUUUAAGUUUUGACGGAAAUACAUCAGAAAAUUGGAGACGAUUUAAGCAGCAGUUUCAGAUAUAUUUAGUCGCGUCAGGAGCGAAGACAAAGACGACCCGAUUAAAAUAGCCAUGUUGUUAAAUUUUGCUGGCGAAGAUGCUAUAGAAGUUUUCAAUACUUUCGAGUUUUCUGCUGGCGAUGAUAAGAAAUUGGAUAAGGUUAUCGAACAGUUUGAAAGGUAUUGUAACCCCAGAAAAAAUGUAGUCUUCGAGAGAUACCAGUUCUGGAAAAUUACGCAGAGAGAUUCAGAGACGGUUGACCAAUUUGUCACAAGAUUAAAGAACAAAGUAAAAUCGUGCGAAUAUACAUCGGUUGACGAUAUGGUAAGGGACAAGUUUGUGUUUAGUAUACAAGACUUAACUGUGAAAGAAAGAUUGUUAAGAGAAGAGAAACUUACACUGGACAAAGCUAUAAGUAUGGCUAGAGCAGCCGAAGCGUCGAAGGAACAGAUUAAAGUCAUGAAUGCUAGGGCGCAGUCGAGCGAAGCAAAUCGGUCGGUAAAUGUUCUUCGAUAUGACGCCAAUCAAGGAAAAGGGCAGAUAGGUAGCCGCCGUGAAAAAACAAAGUCCGAAAAGUGUGGAUUCUGUGGUAUGGUUCACGCAUUAAGAUCUUGCCCGGCAUUCGGCAAAACAUGCAACCAUUGUAAGAAGACAGGACAUUUUGAGCGUGUGUGUCGAGCGAAGCAACGACAACGUGACUCUAGACCGAGAGAAGUGAAUGUCUUGGGGGAAUUCGAAGACGGCGAAGUUAGCGAGGAUGAUUUAUUGACAUUUUCAGUAGAGUCAAAUAACGAGGGCAGCUCAAAGAAUGACUGGCAUGUCCAGCUUAAGUUUGGAAAAACGGAUUUGAAUUUCAAAUUAGAUACGGGGGCAGAUUGUAAUGUGAUUUCGCAAUCGUCGUUUGAGCAAUUGUCACUAACAAAUACAAGAAUUUUCAAAAAUAAGAGCAAGUUGAAGAUGUUCGAUGGCCGUAAGAUAACUCCGAAAGGAAAAGUCAGCUUAGAGUGCGAGUAUAAAGGCAAAUUUACCGUGUUAGACUUUGUACUAGUUGAACAAGAUCUACCAUCGAUUUUAGGAUUAAAAUCCUGUCUAGAACUCGGGUUGGUAAAGCGAGUUUAUAGCUUGGAAGUGGACCCACCGAAGAUCGAAACAGAAUUCAGUGACGUUUUCGAAGGUCUGGGAGAGAUUAAAGAUGUUCAGUACCAGAUUAAGAUUGAUCCGGUGUCCAUUCCAGUGGUGCAUCCUCCUCGAAGAGUUCCUAUGGCCCUCCGAAAGCCACUAGAAGAAGAGUUGCGUCGAAUGGAGAAGUUGGGGGUUAUUGAGAAAAAGAAUGAACCCACCGCUUGGGUACAUACUUUAGUCAUCGCCAGAAAAGCAAAUAAUAAAAUUCGAGUCUGCAUGGAUCCUAGCGAUUUAAAUAAAGUGGUUAUGCGAGAGCAUUUUCCUAUGCAGACCGUUGAAGAAGUUGUCAGCAGAAUGCCCAAUGCCAAAGUGUUUAGUGUUCUUGAUGCCAACCAUGGUUUCUGGCAGGUGAAAUUGGCCAAUGAAAGCAGUAACUUAGCCACGUUUAAUACUCCAUUUGGAAGGUAUAGUUAUAAACGAUUACCUUUUGGAAUAGCUUCUGCUCCGGAAGUAUUUCAGAGUAUUAUGUCGAAUAUGUUUUCAGAUAUAGAAGGAGUCGAAGUUAUCGUGGACGAUUUGGUGGUCUGGGGAGAAGACGUGACGAAACAUGACGAACGACUUCGUUUGGUCUUAGAACACUGUCGAGAUACAAACCUUAUGCGAUUAAAGUGAAAUAUACGCCUGGGAGUCAGUUGUUGAUAGCAGAUGCUCUUUCUAGAUCACAGAUGUCUGCACAGAUAAACGAUCCAUCAGAUGAAUUUGAAGUCAAUGUUCUGGAAUCGGGUCAGAUGUCUGAGACUAUGUUUGAGAAGUUGGUUGAGGAGACCAAGAAGGAUGCUGAACUUCAGCAGUUGCACAGAGUAGUUAUGGAUGGUUGGCCACAGACAAAGCCUGAAACGCCCUUAGAAAUUCGACCUUAUUGGAGUUACAGAGAUGAAAUAAGUGGUUAUGAUGGCUUGAUGUUUAAAGGAGAUCGUGUAAUUGUUCCACAUGUUCUUAAACCAGAAAUGCUGGAUCGGAUACAUGCAGCUCAUUUGGGAAUCGAGAAGUGUAAAGCACGGGCGAGAGGUUUAGUGUUCUGGCCUGGAAUGAAUAGUGCAAUUGAUGAAAUGGUGUCAGAAUGCAGAACAUGUUUACAAUUUCAGCGAAGGAAUCAGAGGGAGCCGUUGAUGCCGCAGGAAAUUCCAGAGAGGCCGUGGUCAACCGUUGCAGCGGACAUAUUUUAUUAUAAAGGAAGAGACUAUUUAUUGGUAGUCGAUUAUUUCUCGAAGUAUCCUGAAGUAACAAGGAUAAAUCACAAGAAUAGUGAAGCCGUCAUCUUGGCAAUGAAAGAAAUGUUUGCCCGUCAUGGCAUUCCAGAAAAAAUUAUAGCUGAUAAUAUGCCUUUCAACAGCCUUAGAUUUAGAGACUUUGCUAGAGAGUGGGAAAUUGAGGUGGUGACAAGCAGCCCACACUAUCCGCGUUCAAAUGGGCUCGUGGACAGAAACGUUCAGACAAUUAAGCGUCUGUUGAAAAAAUCAAAUGAUUCGAAACAAGAUGCAUUUUUAGCCUUGUUGGAGUUCCGUAAUUCUCCAAUUAGUGGUAUGGAACAAUCGCCUGCAGAACUGUUGAUGAGUAGAAAAUUGAGAGCUAAGUUACCAAUUCCUAAGCAUCUUCUUAAACCUAAGUCACAGCCAAUCAACGAUGUUCGCCAGAGAUUGAGAGUACGUCAGUUGCGUCAGAAAGCAGCAUAUGAUCAGGGAACGAAACAGUUAUCCAGUUUACAGCCAAACGAGUCGGUGAGGAUUCGACAGGGAGGCGUAUGGAAUCCAGCCGUGGUCGUUGAACAACAUAAAUCACCUCGUUCGUACAUUGUGGCAACUUCAAAUGGAACUCAGUUACGCAGAAAUCGCCAGCAUCUAAUGCCAACUAACGAACCACCAAUGAUUAUUACACCACCAAUGGAACCUGUCGGCGAAGAAGAACGUUGUUCAGGUAUAGCUCCGAGUACCGUACGUUCACCAGUUCGUUCUCCAGUUAUAUUCCCGAGUACAGAAAUAGAGGAAGAACACGUACGAACACCAUUGAGAAGAAGUACAAGAGUUCGAAGGGCACCUUCCCGAUUGAUUGAGAACAUCUAGUUAAGUAUAAAGGAAUGUAUAUAUAUAGUAUAAGAUGAAUUUAGUAUAAUUAGGAUAUUUUAGAAACUUUAGUUCGGACUUGAACACCAGUUGAAUUGUUUAAUAGUUAGGAACUAUGCAUGAAAAAAAAAGAAGAAAAAAAAAAGAAAGAACGGGAGAUGUCACAUAUAGCAUGACAGUUUAUGUAAAUUAGCAUUUAGUAUGAUAUAAAAGACUUGUUGUUGACAAGACUGUAGGAUAUAUAUAUACGGAUAUUAAACGUAUUUUACAUGAACAGAUGUGCCUGUAAUGAUAUUUCCACGAUUAAUCCCCCUUUGUUCAAGCAUAUAUCUUCCCACUUCAAUGUUUUCCAAACCAAGAUCGGAACGAACCCGAGAUGGUAGGUUGUACCUCUCAACUGCUGAAUGAAAUAGAUUCAACACAGUCGCAGCGGCGUUGUUGGUCGAUGCUUGCAAGAAAACAACUAAACGUGAAUAGCCAUCAAUACCUCCUUUGAUAACUAGUCUGUAUGGUUGAAUUAGUUUGUGGUUUCCAUCUAUGUGCCUAGAAUAAAAUAUCCAACAUUUUUAGCUUAAGUUCUUGUGCAGACACUGUAUCAAAACUUUGCUGUUGCUUGAGUGUGUAACAAAGUUUUGGGGUACCCACAUUUAACAUAAAACAGUUUCUUUCAUGACAAUAGUAAUUGCUUACUUAUAAUUGCAACAUGGUGAACCAUCACUAAGUGCAGCGUCCUACUGUACAGUAUAUGUCAACAGGCUGAUCUUGUCAGAUUUUUCAAAAAUACAAUUUCUUAGAUGGUAAGCGGUGGGGUGGAACCAUAUAUAUUUGCAAUCCCAAACAAAAGCUCUAACCAACUAUUACAGUAAAAGUAUAAAUAAAGAAAUUAUACUUGCCACAAUGAAUUGGGAGCUUUGACGUUAUACUUUCUUCGGAUUAUUUGCCUUGCAUUUUGUAAAGUAGAAGCGACUGGAUCUACUCUCCUUAACGAUUGAAGUACCCUUAAUCUUUGAACAACAAGGCUUUGCUGUCUAAGCAUACCUAAUUUUAAGAAUUUUUUAUCACUGCACAUUUUUGCGCAAAGUUUAGCCGAGCAGAAGCACGCCCUAAAAAUUUCUGAACACACUUUAUAAUGUGUAACUAUGCACAAAACAGGCUACAAUUAAUAUUCAAAAAUGCCAAAAACCAACAUACACUGCACAACACUCAGGCAUGCCCAGGGACAUUUGGGUACCCAUGGCCAAAUUUUACUUGGUGCCCCACGUGAUUCCAUCUUCUAACACUAUCAUUAGGGGGUCCCGGGCAUUCUCCCCAGGGACCAGGGAAAUUUUAUAAUCUGAGGUCCCAGAAAUGGCCAAAUCCUGCAUUCUGGAAGUCCUUUGACAGUUAUAUAUAUGUGUAUACUAUAUUUUACUUAAUUCUUUAUUUCGGCCCCCUUUAACUAAGGCCCAAGAAAAAAUUGCCCCCUUUGACAGCACCUAUAGAUUCAACUAUCUGUGACGGCAUAGUUUCAUAAUCACAUACUUGCAAGAAAGAAAUAUUUUCGUAUUGGCAAAUGAGAGGCAGCUUAGACAGCUUAGGACUGACAAACCUCUAGAGGAAUUCCAAGGGCAUGCACCCACAGAAAAUUUUGUAAUCUAUGCUCUCUAAAAGGGAAUUUUAUGCAAUGUGCGGAGACAUUCUAUAGAAUUCUGAAGAUUACACACUAAUGACAAAACGAUAAGUAUCAUUCACUUUAUCAUCCAGGCUCAUAAAGGGACCUUUGGUGCGAGACUUUGUUCGACAUCUGAUAAACCUGGAGUAGUAUAAUAUUAGUGCACGUUCGAUAAUUUGUCAGCUAUCAUUUCAAUUUCAUUCAAAUUAUUCUCAUUCAAAAUGUUUUGAUUAAUACUGUCAAGGAGUGUCAAGACGAAUUUUUAGCUGAGUUCUUCUGUCAUUGCCUGAUUUUCGUGUUAAUUGUUAAUUAACAACUUAUCACAGCAAAUUUUUCACUGCACAUUUUACAUUUUAUCACUGCACAUUUUAGUUUUAUCACUGCACAAAUUGGUUAUCACUGCACACUAAAAUUAGGUAUGUGUCUAAGUGAUCCUUGAACAAGCCUUAAUCUUGCAGACGGAGUAGACUGCAGCACUUCUCGAACAACAUUGUCAAGUUGGAUAUCACUUAUAUCAGAGAACUCUCUUCCUUCAACCCUCAUGCCCAAUUCGUGUCUUCGUCGGCCCAAUGCUCUGCUUGAAACUUGUAACAUACGCGCAGCAUCAUUCCAACGAAAGCCUCCUGCAUUGUGUAAUGCUUCAAGCUGGGAUUGUGCAAUCUCAACCCUUCGCCGUCCUCGUCCUUCAUUUGUAUUUUCUAGGCGACUGCGCAAGUUGUAUUCCUCUUCACAGUUGUCAUCUUGCAUAUUGUUGGAUCGACCUUCAAAUUCUUGACGCAGUGCCCCCAAGCGAUUUCGAAGAAACUCGAUGUCUUGAAAAGAACGAAGUACAUCAGGCAUAUUUUGAUAAGUUUCGUUUAGCCUUGAUAGCAAAGUCGAUACAGUUCGUUCAUACUCGUCCAGACGGCGUAUAAGGUACAGUAUUCCGAGCAAGUUUGAGAGUGCAACUGCCUCUCUGCAUUUUCAAUAAGUCGUCCCAAAGAGUAAAAAAAUUCUUCAAAAUUUGGAAGCCAUCGCUGCGCCAUUUUUACGUACGUAUUUUAAAAAUAACCGGCGAAUAGGCAUAAAUGCAAGCCUUUUUAUAUACCUACGGAACUUUGUCCCCAGGCAAUAAAUCCCUAUUUCCGGUUUUCUCCUGACAACUUCCGUAUCCUCUCGAAUAUUAUUUUUUCACUUCCUCUCGACUUCGAUGAAAAAAAGUCGACUUCGAUUAUCGUAUUUUGGACUUCGAUUAUCGUAUUUUGGACUUCGAAUAUCGUAUUUUGGACUUCGAUUAUCGUAUUUUGGACUUCGAAUAUCGUAUUUUGGACUUCGAUUAUCGUAUUCCCGACUUCGAUCCCAAAAUAUUCGACUUCGAAUUGAAUAUUUUAACUCGUAUUUUUGUCCGCAACGGAACGCCAUAGCUGACAGGGAAAUUAGAAAAGACCUGGGAAAACCCCCCGCGACUUUCGUUAAUAACUCGCGACAAAACCCGCGACUUUUGUUAAUAACCCGCGACCCGCGAAAAUACCUGCGAAUAAAACCCGCGACCCGCGACAAUUAGAUUAUCUCGCCAACAAUAUUCGAAUUAGAUUUUUGUUGUCUAUCGAGAUGCUUGAUAUCAUGUCCGGCUAGCUGAAAACUCACACUUUAUGAAAAUAUACUCUUAUUUAUCUUUACCUACUAAGGGUGCCAUACAAUUUUACUUUAAUUAUUUUGGUCGAACCAAUUAAUCUGUGCCACAGCCAUGCAUGAACUGAUUAAUAUACCAAUGCCAAAAUGUCGGUUUUUAUAGGUCUGCUGGCAUGUAUUUGACAAUCAUUUUUGUUACAGAACGCUCAAAUAUUUUUAUACGUAUCUUCUUUUGUUGACCAGACAAAAUAUGAAUGCGAUUUUUGCUCGAAAUGUCUAUCAACAAAAACCUUUGUCAUUCCUUUCUAUCGAGCCUCAGCAAUUAACUGCUUUAUGCAAAUGCCAAACGGCCAGCUUUCUAAAGCGCUGUUGCUAGAAGACCCCAUGCAGGUACACAAUAUACCGAAUCGCUUGUCACGACAUCGACUUCAACAGUUUCAAGGCACUUAAAAGGCGAUAUAUGUGACAAAAUAUGAAAACUGUUGAGGCGGGGAAAUUUUUUGGGAGACUUUAUCUCUGGUUCUGUGGCCUAAUUGAAGAUUAUCUUGCCACAGUACUCACGACAAUUGCGAUGCAAUAUAUAUGUACAAUGUUCGCACAAAUUUGAUCAACUGAAGUUUUCACAUACUUUCCAGCGAAAUAUAUAGUCACAACUGCACGCGAAUGUUGGAUAAGCAAACUAGAUCCCGAUUUUAACAUUUUUAUACAUGGUCACACGGAAUAUAGAAAUUUUUGAAUUUUUGCUUAUGCUCACAACUGAGGGCCCCCUAUACCUCUUCACAAUAUGCUUUCACGUAAAAAUAUUUUGCCUUUUCACGAGUCACGAAAAAUUAAAAUUCCUUCACGUUUACGGGAAAAUCGAAGCGAUCACGAUUCGCGUAAAUAUAGAACAAAAUUCACGAAUUAUUAUACGGAUGUUUUCCUUAAUUGUAGAAUCCUUGUACUCGUUUGUACUUACCUCGACAUGUUUUCAAACCUCCAACUAUGUCGAAAACAGGCUACUGUACAUCAAGUACUUCAAAAAGCGGUAACAAACCGUAUUUAUUCCUUGGAAAGCUGAUCACACAAAAGGUCACAAAACAGAUGAUUCACGAAUCACGCAUAUAUCUAUCUGCCAUUCGAUCACGGGUCACUGUUAAAUCGAAUCUUUCCUUCACGUGCACGUAAAAAGAUUGGAAGUCAUACCAUCACGAAUCACAGAUUAAGAAAAUCAUUGAUCACGUUUCACGGCUAAGUAAAAUAAGCCCAUCACGCAUCACGCAAAUAGUAUAGGGGGCCCUCACAACUGUUCAUAUUGACAAGCAUGGAAACUAUAAUAUUCCAAUUUUCACAUUUUUGUCAGCGUGAAACGGAACAAAAUUUUUGAAAUUAUCAAUUACGUCAUUCCACUCAGUGAGCGUUAUUCAAACUUGCCUGUGCCAAAAGCAAAAAUAUAAAUCUUUUUAGUCAUGCUUUCACCAAAUACACAAUAAAUCUUAGCCAGACCCUCAUUAAGGCCUGAUUCCACGGGCGCUUUUUCUCGGCGAAAUGCGAAAUAUUUCGCCUGUUUCUUUUGAAUUGCGACAACUGGAAUAAAUUAUUUCUGCUUGAUUGCUCACAAUUCAAAAGAAACAGGCGGAAUAUUUCGCAUUUCGCUGACAAAAAGCGCUCGUGGAAUCAGGGCUUUAGAGUAUUCAGGAUACGAUAUCAUUUGGUGCCUGUGAACUAACAACAGUUGCAUUUCUUAGCCGCAUUUAGGGAAUUUAGACAAAAGAACAAACAUAAUAGUACUACAUUGUGUUGUUCUGGAGCAUGGGCAAAGCAGCACUUUGUGAACAGAUACCAAUAAUACCAAACAAACUAACAAAUUUUGUUUGGACGCCUAACUUUACUUAGACAACGUGAUAUUGCGGUUUCGCUUAUGGGACGCGAAUGUGCUUGCUUAACGACAUGAAAGAGUAUAGGUGCAAUACACACAAGCAUAACCGGACGAAUAAGAACACAUCUUCAAUUACUACUUUUUAAAAAACACUGCAUAAGAUCGCCAAUGUAGUUAAUCCUUACACAAUUACACUAACCAGUACCAUUUGCACCAUUGCCACUGACUAGAGAGUGUAAACAGCGUAAACCCUCUCUGUCGCCUGUAAAUCAUUUGGAACUAAUCAGUUGUAUGCCAGUCGUUAUGUCUGACAUCUAUUGCGAAUUUGUGUACCAUUCGUCAUUCAACAGAUCUCAUGGAAACAUUAUCGAAAAAAUUUUUUGUCACUCAAAUAGAAUAACACAAAAUUAACUUACCUAGACCUGGUACAAUAGGUGGUUCGGUUGUUGCACCUGCGGUUGUUGGAUUUUCUGUUGUUCCACCUACAGUCGAAGGAUUAUCGCUA